AUGACCGACUCCAAAGUGCGCCAGCGCCGGUCCCAGGGCGAAGAUGUGCCGCCAUCCAAGGAGCCCGCCCAAGCCUUGUCCCGAAUUGACGCCGACGACCGGUACUCGCCGUGGCUCGACGUCGCCCGUGUCAUGACCUUUCUCUUGCUGGCCUCGUGCGGCCUCAGCUACGUCAUCAGCGGCGGCGAGAGCUGGGCUUGGGGCGUGAGGCACAAACCCAACUUUCUCCGCCCGGACUGGUGGAGGGCCCAGAUGAGCUGGCCCGUCUACAUGACGCUUGAGGAGCUCUCCGCCUACGACGGCCGCGACCCGACCAAACCCCUGUACCUCGGCAUCAACGGCACCAUCUACGACGUCUCCAACGGCCGCCACAUGUACGGGCCCGGCGCCAGCUACCACGCCUUCGCCGGCCACGACUCGGCCCGCGCCUUUGUCACCACCUGCAUCGAGGAGGACAACAAUCCGGAUCUGCGCGGCGUCGAGCAAAUGUUCCUGCCCCUCGACAACCCGGAGAUCGACGCCCACUGGUCCGCCGCCGACAUGGCCAAGCUGCGCGCCGACGAGCUCGAGGCCGCAUACGAGAGGGCUUAUCUCGCCCUCAAGAAUUGGGCCGACUUUUUCGCAAACAGCAAGAAGUACCACCGCGUCGGCUACAUCAAGAUGGACAAUGACUGGCUCGAGAAGCAGCCCGUCAAGAAGCUGUGCGCCAAGGCUCAAAAGGGCAGGGCCAAGAGACAGAUUCAGCGGUAA